GGCAACGUUUAACUCUAGAGCGCUGCGUUGGGAAGAAGAGAAACAAAAGGAAUAACAAGUCAUCGUGCGCUGAGUGGAAAUCUCUUUGUAGAGGAAUCGAAGAAGCAGUGUUCGCGCUGUGGGCAAAGCUCGACCGUCUGGCUCAUGGGUCCACUGUGGACAGGCCUGCUGUGUGUGAUCGUGGCAUUCUGUUGCUGGUUCUUCGGCCAACGAGCUUGGAGGUUCUCGCUGUUCAAGAGGCUCGGAAUACCGGGUCCACAACCUAGCUUCAUAUAUGGCAACCUCGGAGAGCUGCUUGGAAAGGGAAUGGCUGGAGCUUUCGACGACUGGAUCACAAAGUAUGGCGAUGUCGUUGGGUACUUUCACGGGUCCAUUCCUGCGGUGCUUACAAGUGAUCCUGAAAUGAUCAAGCAGGUGUUCGUGAAGGAUGGCAAGACAAUUACGGGAAGGCAGGUUUUCACCUACGUCACAAAACCACUGCUACUUAAUAAAGUACGACUCACAAGGGUGUUCGGCCAGGAAUGGAAGGAGCUUCGAGGCCUGAUAUCUCCAACAUUUAAAGGUUCUUAUAUGAAACAGGCCGUGCUGAUCAUGAAGGAUCGCACCAAGCUGUUUUCGGAAAUGAUAGAGGCGGCCUCCCGAAAGCAGGGCGGAGUGGUCAACAUGCACGACCACGUGCUUCGUCUGGCCAUGGACGUAGCCAUGGGCGUCUUCCACGGCUCUAGGACUGAAGUACAGCGCGGAGACGAGGCUGCCUGCAAACUGUUGCUCAAGUGCCGGCAGUGUACCGGCAUGUUCGGGGAAACCAAGAUGGUGCUCAUCAAUUCGAUUUCGGAACUACCAUUCCUUUUCAAGCCGCUGCUCAAGUAUGGCCUCUCUCGGGGCGUUCCCAUGGACACCGUCCUUGCCUACUUCGGGCCAUUCUUCGAAAAGCGGAGGCAAAUGGAUGGAGCAAAAAAGGCAGAUCUACUCCAGACACUCUUGAACGCCGAAUCCGAAGAGAGCCCAAGGAUAAGUUUUCAGCCGGAAAACAACAACAACUGUGGGAAAAAGAAGGUACAUCUAACGUGUCGUACACGAACACUGGCUAAUGGAACGCUCUUCAUAAUUGCUGCGAUAGAUGCCGUGGCUACACCACUGACGUUUGCAACCUAUCUUCUGGCUAUGCACCAGGACGUCCAAGAUAGACUUAGGGAAGAAGUUCGGAAAGCAGUUCAGAAAGACGGCGAAAUUACGUAUGACAAUAUCUGUGGCAUGGAAUAUCUCGGCCAGGUGAUUUCUGAAACACUUCGGAUGUAUCCAUCACUUCAUGGGUUUGUGCAGAGGGCUUGCGACGACGACUACGAAUACAAAGGCAAAGUCUUCCCUAAAGACACAGUUAUCGGAGUUCCCGUGCUAAGGAUGCAUUACGACCCAAGGUUCUGGGAUGAGCCAGAGAAGUUUGACCCCGACAGAUUCAGCAGCGAAAACCGGCCUCAUAUAAAUCCCAUGGCAUACUUACCCUUCGGCGCCGGACCAAGAAACUGCAUCGCAUCGCGUUACUCGGAGCUCCUCAUGAGGGUGACUUUGGCCACGCUCGUUUCCACACACAAGGUCCUCCCUAGUGAAAGUGAACCAAAGACAACCGGAAGCUUCCGAGCAAGCUUCAUUCUCCUGGUUCCCGACAAAGGAAUGUGGCUGCGGACGGAGAAGCUGACGUCACCAUGAGACUGCCCACUCAGCGCCAGCUUCGACACUAGGAAUAUCGACAUUAAGCCAGUGUUAAUGUCCAGGCCCAGGCUUGCUCUGGGAAACAAGAAAAACUAUCUUCACUGUGUUCCGUCCUCCUGAUGUUCCGAGUAUUGUCAUAUUCGCACUGUGGCUGAACGCCGGCCAUCGUCUGAGAUGAUUUUAAAUAUUAAUAUGCCAGAUUGGACAUGUUUCUGCUUCCUCAACCAAGAAGCUAAUACGCCUGGCUGGUAAAUCUAGAGCAAAUAAAAAAGCGCUAGCACAAUCGU